UAGGAAAAAAAAAGUCUAGUAGUAAAAGUAGUGGGGGAAAGUAAAGUCAGUUGCAUGGGGCGCCACGAUAGAACGAUACGCUCCUGAUUAGAACCCAUUCACAGAAUGAACGAACCGCUUGCGUUCCGUUCGUGUAGUCACUCAGUAGUGUCAUGGAGGUAACAUGGCCGAGGAGACGCGCCUAGUUCGCGUUGAAGAGAGGCUAAGGAUUAAAAUCGGUGAAGCAAAAAAUUUACAAAGUAGAAGUCAUGGAUCUCCAGGUACCAGAGAUGUAUAUUGCGCAUUGUCUCUUGACCAGGAAGAAAUAUUUAGAACGACGACCAUGGAAAGGACGCUUAAUCCUUUCUUCGGGGAGGAGUUUCAGUUCGAGGUACCCCGCAAGUUUCGAUACCUUGGUAUUUAUGUCUAUGAUAGAGAUAGGCACUUAAAACAAGACAAAAUUCUGGGAAAAGUAGCAAUAAAGAGGGAAGAUUUAACGACGUAUCAUAAUAAAGAACAUUGGUUCCCAUUAAAACCAGUUGAUGCUGAUUCUGAAGUACAAGGCAAAGCUCAUUUAGAACUUGCUUUGCAACCGCAAGUUGGACACAUUCAACCUAAACUUACAGUCAGAGUAAUAGAAUGUAACGAAUUAACUAUUAAAAAUGGUGGCUGUGAUCCAUUUGCAACUGUUACCGUCAUCUACAGUAAUGGCAAACAAAUAUCAAAGCGUACUAAAGUUAAGAAAAAAACUGUAUCGCCUUACUUCAAUGAGACAUUUGUUUUUGAGCCAGAGUUAAUGGAAUAUAAAGACAAAGAUGUAUCUCAUUACUCUAUCGAUGGAGGAGAAGUUGGUGAAGUUGUUGUUGGCUUAUGGCAUGCAUCUCCUGGUAUGGGAGAACAACCUGCAUUUUUAGGAGAAGUGCGUGUUACAUUAAGAGGACUUCAAAAGCAACCAACUAGUACAACGACUGCUUGGUAUUUUCUUCAACCAAGAGCAGCAAAACAUAGACCAAAUAAAAUUUCAAGUAAUUCAACUCCACCUGGUACUCUUCCAGGAUUAGGAUCUUUACGUUUAAAAAUACAUUAUACAGCCGAUCAUGUUUUUCCUUCUGGAAUGUAUGAGAGAUUACGAACUUUAUUAUUACAAAGUGUUAAUGUUCAACCAAUAACAUCAUCUGCUGUAUAUAUUUUGGGUGAAAUUGUGGCUUCUAAAAUGGAAGCUGCACAACCAUUAGUUAGAGUGUUAGUUCAUCAUGGACAAUUAGUAUCUGUGAUGCGAGCACUCGCAAGUCAUGAAAUUUCUAAACUAACAGAUCCGACAACUAUUUUUCGCGGCAAUACAUUAGUCAGUAAAAUGAUGGAUGAAGGGAUGCGAUUAGCUGGUCUUCAUUAUUUACAUAGUACAUUAAGACCUGCUAUGGAACAGGUUUUUUUGGAAAGGAAACCGUGCGAAAUAGAUCCUACGAGAGUAAAGGAUGCAAAUACGAUACAAACAAAUUUAGCAAAUCUAAAGGAAUACGUAGAAAGAGUAUUCACGGCUAUAACAACAUCCGGUGUAAGAUGUCCGCCAUUGAUGUGUGAAAUGUUCUGGUGUUUACGAGAACUCGCUGCAACUCAUUUUCCAAAGAAUAAAGAAGUACGUUACUCGGUUAUAAGCGGUUUUAUUUUUCUUCGAUUUUUCGCACCUGCGAUAUUGGGACCAAGAUUGUUUGACAUCACUACGGAACAAAUUGAUUCUCAAACGAAUAGAACGUUAACAUUGAUAUCUAAAACCAUACAAAGUUUAGGAAAUUUAGUGAGUUGCAGAGGAGGAGCUGGUAGCGUUUGUAAAGAAGAAUAUAUGGAGUGUGUAUAUAGAGAAUUUUAUACGGAAAGACAUAUACAAGCUGUUAAACAAUUUUUGGAACUAAUAUCGACUAGUAGCAGUAGCGGUGCUACGAAACAACGACCUACGAUGUUGCAAGAACAACCUGUGGUGCUAAAAGAAGGAAUAUAUUUCCUUUUUGUGCAUAUUACCGAUUGUAAGAGAAUAAUGAUCAAAAGGGCUCAAGGUAGAAAAAGAUUUGGUAGAAAAAAUUUUAAACAAAGAUACUUCAGAUUAACUACUCAAGAUCUAACUUACUCCAAAACGAAAGGUAAAGAACCUUUAUGUAAAAUUCCAUUAGAGGAAAUACUCGCGGUUGAAAGGUUACACGAAGAUUCUUUUAAGAUGAAGAAUAUGUUUCAAAUAGUACAACCUCAAAGAGCGUUAUACGUUCAAGCAGGUAAUUGCGUGGAGGAAAAAGAAUGGAUCGACAUACUUACGAAAAUAUGUCACACGAAUAGUAAUCGAUUAGAAAAGUAUCAUCCUAGCGCGUAUAUCAAUGGUCAUUGGCUUUGUUGUCGCGCAGCAUCAGAAGUAGCACCAGGAUGCAGUGAAGUGUCUCCAGGUAUAGAAGCUGGCUUACGUAUGGUUCUAGAUCCGGACAGAGAUUUACAAAGGAUACAUUCAUUGAUUUUCACCAAUAUGCCUCGUCUUGAAACAUUAAUGAGUGCAUGUGAGUGUCAGGCAGUGUAUGGGGCGAGUGAUAUGUGUGUGAUACCAGGUGGAGGAUCUCUUAUUGAAGACGUUCCAUCUUGUUUUAAAACUUUAACUGCGUUGAGAGAAGCUGCAUAUGCUUUGCAACACGAACAUAGGGCUUACUUUAGAAGAGUAGCCCGCGACACCAAAUAUGGAAGCAAACAAGCACCAAUUGGCGACGACAAUUACCUCCAUUUAGCUGCCAGAGCCGGUUUCGAUAGUCAGCUAACAAAACGUGCUUACGAAAUGGAUAGUUUAAAUCAACGCAGUUGCACGGACGCAGAUCAUUGCUACGAUAUUGGAUUUUCUAGACGAAUAGAAGAUCGAAGAUACGACGAUACACUAAGGAAAUGUCUAGAUUCAGACUCCAUCAAUCGUAGGUAUGAGAAUGAAAGUAAUUUGUUAAGACGGUACGAUAGUAAUACCGAUACUAUUAAAAGUAUACAAAAUGAUCUCAAAAAAUUUGAUCAUAGUUUAAACAAUACGUUAAGAUCUGAUAAAUCUGAAAGAAAUGCUAAUGAAAAUAUGGAAAAUCGUAAAAGACUUGAUAACUCGGCUUUGUUGGCGAUAGACGGUGUUAAUCUGUCGGGUACACUUUCAAGAAAGUUAAAUAAUUAUGAUAAUACUAGAAAACUAGAUGAAUGUACAUUGACAAGAAGAAUAAGGGACGACAUAAGUGACAUAUCCUGUACUGCUAUGAGCGAACGUGGCAAUCAUUAAUUUAUCUCUUGUGUAAUAUAAAGAAUACAUGCUCUACGUUCCUAGGACACAUUUUUAGGAAACUUUGUCCGUGCAUUCGCAUUAGUUAGAUUUCAAGAAGAAGAAGAAGAGAUGGCAGUCGAAUUCAGACUCUGAUUAUAAUACAAGGCUAUAUUUUUUUACUACUCAUAUAAACAAACAAAAAAAGUAUAUAUGUGCAUACACACAUAUAUAUGAUAUGUGUUUGUGCGUAUUAAUAAUAUGUAAUAUUGCUUUUGCUUACAUAUUGUUGACUCUUGUGUAAUAUAGAGAGGGUCAUCUUGGUAUUUUUUUUCUUUUUUUUUAAUUAAUAUACGCGAUUUCGAUAUACUUGUUUUCUCUCUUUGAUUACAUAAGUUUUGAUUGUCUUAUGCGUACAAAAUAUCUUUUGAAGCUAAGAAUAUUGAGAGAUUUUUUUAAUUAAAGAAGCCACUCGGGUUUCUUAUUUUUCUUAUCACGCCUUAGAAAACUGAUGAACAUCUCAUUACGACAACAAGACAAAUUUCUAUUAUUUAUUUAUUUAUUUUCAUGUCAUUAAACAAAUAAAAACUGAUAAUGUAUGUGCAUUAACAUGAUGCAAUAACACAAUGUGUGUUAUUAAUUGCAUAAGCUAUAAUCUCAUUGACUGGGGAUAUUUAAUCAUCGCCAGUGUUAACUGAUAAAUGUUUAG